GCCUCUUUCUAGCAGAACCCAUUACUAAAGAAUCCACCAGAGGUCCAUUGUCAAAAAACCCCGACCCAAACCAAGUCCCAGAAUAAGGUUUGUAAAAUCUGAAGACUGAAGAGGACGGAGGGGAAGAGAGCGAAGCUCGAGCAGGGUAAAGGGUUUCUGACAUUUCUGUACUGUCUCCUUCACACAUUGCACAUAAACUGUUCGUUUAUAGGUCUCACUGAGAAAAAGGGGGAAAACUGCGCUAGGUAGUUUUGUUUUUCAGUAAAGUGCCAUGACUAUGGAGGAGGAUAAACCUUCAACAACUGUAGCAGAGCCAUCUGUUGCAGCAGUCCCAAUUGCUCCAGUUCGACCUCCCGUACCGAGGCCGCCGGCGCCACAAAAUGGUGAAGCGAGGGCGAGUACGAGCGAUUCCGAUUCCGAUUCGGCGGGUCCUCCCCGAGCCACCGGCGUUUCGGGUGCCGAAUACGAAAUAUCGGAAGAGAGCAGAGUGGUGAGAGAGCGACAGGAGAAAGCAAUUCAAGAACUGUUGAUGAAGCGCCGUGCUUCUGCUCUUGCUGUUCCCACUAACGACAUGGCUGUGAGGGCUCGUCUUCGGCGGCUCGGCGAACCCAUUACUCUUUUUGGAGAAAGAGAGAUGGAGAGGCGAGACAGGUUGAGGAUGAUCAUGGCAAGGCUUGAUUCGCAAGGCGAGUUGGAGAAGUUGUUGAAAGUUCAUGAGGAGGAGGAGGCUGCCGCUUCUGCUGCAUUGGAAGAUGGUGAUGAUCAAAUGGUUCAGUACCCUUUUUACACUGAAGGAUCCAAAGCUUUGUUGAAUGCGAGAAUUGACAUUGCAAAGUACUCCAUUAAGAGGGCAGCUUCGCGGCUUGAACGGGCUCGAAGGAAGAAGGAUGACCCAGAUGAGGAUAUGGAUGCAGAGUUGGACUGGGCUUUGAGGCAGGCAUCAAGUUUGGAACUAGAUUGUAGUGAGAUUGGGGAUGAUAGGCCACUUUCUGGUUGUUCUUUCUCACAUGAUGGAAAACUGCUUGCCACUUGUGCUAUAAGUGGAGUUGCCAAGUUGUGGAGCAUGCCUGAAGCAAAGAAGUUUGCCACCUUGAAGGGACACACAGAGCGCCUGACUGAUGUUCAGUUUUCUCCUGUGCAUAACCUCGUAGCAACUGCUUCUGCUGACCGUACUGCAAAGUUGUGGAACACUGAAGGAUCUCAGCUGGUGACAUUUAAGGGUCAUUUGGACCGUCUUGCACGUAUUGCCUUCCAUCCAUCAGGAAAAUAUUUAGGUACAACUAGUUUUGACAAGACAUGGAGGCUAUGGGAUGUAGAAACUAGUGAAGAGUUGCUUCUUCAAGAAGGUCACAGUAGGAGUGUCUACGGGAUAGCAUUCCACCCUGAUGGAUCAUUGGUGGCAUCUUCUGGACUGGAUGCACUUGCUCGUGUUUGGGACCUCCGUACGGGUAGAAGUAUUCUUUCCUUGGAAGGCCAUGUCAAGAAAGUUCUAGCACUCAGUUUCUCAGCAAAUGGCUAUUAUUUAGCCAGUGGGGGUGAAGACAACACUUGCAGGAUAUGGGAUUUAAGAAAAAAGAAAUCCAUAUACAUCAUUCCAGCACAUUCCAAUCUCAUAUCACAGGUCAAAUUUGAGCCUCAAGAGGGAUAUUUCUUAGUAACUGCUUCGUAUGAUUUGACAACAAAGAUAUGGUCAGCCCGAGAUUUUAAGCCUGUCAGGACGCUCUCUGGACAUGAAGCAAAAGUUACUUCUUUGGAUAUUGCAGGAGAUGGGCAUCAAAUUGCUACUGUAUCACAUGACCGAACCAUCAAACUGUGGUCCAGCAGUACCAAUGAGAAGGAUCAGGCAAUGGAUGUAGAUUAGGAACUCCUCAAUUCUCCUUAAAACUACAAAAGAUGAAAGUGUUGGUCGAUCUUACUUGGGAAUACAUGGAUUAUAGUGAGACAGUUCAUUCAGGGUUAAAGGCUUGGUUCUAGUUCAAAAUCGGAAAGUUGGUUCUAGCUGUAACAUCAUAAGGUACAUGAGAUAAUGUCUCUAACAACUUGAAAGACAUCUAAAAUGCCUCUUUUAUUAGCUGCUUCAGAUGGAACCCUUGCUGACUGGUAGAUAUUGGUAUUCAAAUUUUUUAUAUUAUAAAAGUUGUGAGGCUCUGUGCUGCCAGUGGAACAGUGUUUAGUCACGUAAUCUUAAAUGCUGAACUUUUGACUUGAAAGCCUUUUUUAUCC